UUAAAGAUAAUUUUUACAUUCAAACAAAGGGCAUAAGCUCAAAACCCUUCUCUUCUCUCACUUUCUAUCUUAUUCUCCCAUCUCUAUCUCCUACUACUGCAAAUACUAUCAAUGGAAACCACACUCCGCAGCUAUGAAAGCAAAACGCACGCUUCUUUAUCGAGUUCUCGACGAAACAGACAGCGUCGAGCAAGAAGAUCGUCGUCAAAGAGAAGAGAUCAGUUGGUCAAGAAUAAUAAUAAGAAGAAGAUGACUAAUAAUGAAGAAGAAGAUGAAUUAUUAGAGAAAAAAAUAUGGGUAUUGAAGAUGAUAUUGCCCGGAGGUGAGUCCAUUGAUGGGAUUGAUGAGUUAUUUCAAGAAACUGCUCAUUAUAUUUUGGAUUUACAGUCUCAAAUUCAAGCUAUGAAAAUUCUUUCUAGCUUUCUUCAAGGGAUGGACAAGGAGAAGAGGAAGUUUGGAGGUUAAAAUUUCAAAAACAAAGUAACAUAUAGUAUUUUUUAUAUUUUUAACCCUUUCAUGAUCCUUUUUUAUAUAUAUUUUUUUGUUAUAA